AUGGAACUCCAAGAUUUCUUUAGAAGGGCAGAAAUGGAGGCCAAAAUCUGGAAGGAAAAGACCAUAGAAAAUGAAGCCACUGUGUUUAACCUCAACAACAGGCUGAAUCAAGUCAUAGAAAAAGACUGCUUGAUGUUCAAUAAUGGAGCCCAAGAUGCAGUUUCAUUUUGUGGUUCUUCAAACAUAAAAAGCAGUACCCAAGAGGAAAAAGAAUCUGAAGAACAGAGGAAAAAGAUGGCUUGUAAAUUGUGCCAAGUUAGAAACUCCUGUGUAGUUUUCUUUCCUUGCAGGCACCUCUGCAGCUGCACAUCUUGUGAAACAGUUUUAGGGUUGUGUCCACUCUGUGAAUCUGUAAAAGAAGCAAGCCUAGAAGUUCUCUUUUUGUGA